AUAGGAUCCAUCAGAUAUCUGAAUGAUUCAAAACUAGCUUCGAGCCGAUUUUUUUUUUUAUAACUCUGAGCUUUGAGACCUAGGUGCCCAAACUUCUUUGGACGAUUGUUGAAAUGUGAUUUAAGUAAUUGUAGAAACAUGGAUUCAGAUGUAACUGACAGUGAAGAAAACAGCGAUUUGCCUUCCCAAGAGCUGGCAGAUAGAGUGGCGGAAUGCGUUCCAGCGAACACAAGAAAGACGACGGAAUGGGCUGUAACAACGUAUAGACGAUGGGCGCAGCGCAGACCAAAUGUUCGCUACGUCAAAGAAGACCUCCUUGCAUACCGAAACGACCUACAGGCAUUGGACCAGAGCCUGUAUAAAUUUUUCAGUGAGGUCCACACUACCGGCGGCCCUGGCUUUACGCCAAGUUCCCUUCAAGUACUGCGAGCGGGCCUGCAGAGAUACAUGUCAGAGCACGACCCAGACAUGCCACUGAUGUCGGCUGAUUCUACAUUCCGGCGCUCCAACGCAGCAUUCAAGGCUGCUAAGAGACGCUACGCCCUAGAUGGCACGAAUCGUGCUGCAAACCAAAUGAAGCAGCCAUUGGACCCGGCGGAUCAAGAGCUAGUAAGGAGGUACUUCGCCACUCCUGAGACGUACAUCAAUCCCACGAUCCUGCAGCAAUAUGUGUACUACAUGCUCUCCAUGACGUUCGGCUACAGGGGUCGGGAAGUAUGGCGUCAGCUCCGCAAGGACAGCUUUGUGGAGGAGCGCGACCAGCAUGGCAAGCUCCGAUACGUCAUCGACCAAGCUAUCAUGGAAAAGAACUACCAACACACGGGGCCCAAUGCGACCUGUCGCAGAGCUACACAAAUCACAGAUGACGUAGAAGCUGGAGUUUACAUGUUUUCUACUCUCAAACUGUACCUGUCGAAACUCCAUCCAGAGCAGGAUGCUUUCUUGCAGAAGGCAAAGAAUGAUCGCCAGAUGGCUGUUGAGCCAGACGCUGCGUGCUGGUAUGUGAACGCACCACUCGGUAAACAUACCAUUGAUCAGCUGAUGCCAAGAAUCAGCGCCGCAGCGGGGACAUCAAGACGGUACACAAAUCACUGUGUGCGUCACACCCUCGGCACCAACAUGCUACGGCUGGGGUACCCGAUCACAGUCAUACAGGCGCGGCUUCGACUGAGAUCGUCAAUGACACUACAGUGGUACACGGGCCAUCGCACGGCAGAAGAACUGCAGGACGAGACCCGCGCUAUCACCCGGCCACUGCGCGGGGUGGCGCCGCCACAGACCGAGGCUGGAGAUGGUGCAGUGGCAGGACCGUCCUCAGCUCCCCAGUACGUGGCGCCGCCGGCCAGUGGCCCUGAAGCGUCAAAGGAGACGUCCAAAGAAGCCCCAGUAUCUGUACCUGCGGGUUCACGACGUGAUCAUCCGCCACAGCAUGUAGCGCCACGCACCGUGACCGACGCACGUGCACCGCGCCUUCCGCCAGGUGCUGGCAUUGAGCGCUGGGAUGCUCCCGUAGGGGUUGUGCCACUGCACCAAGCGGAUGUAACAAGACCACCGCCGCCUCUGCCGCUCUGGGCCAGAGGUGACGCGACGCCGAAGGUGUAUUCUGGAGUGUUCCACAACUGUGUCUUCCAUUAGUUGGGCGCAAUGAUGUUCGCGCCCGUGAAAGUCCGAAAAUUAUUUGAUGUGCAGCCUACUCAAUGGUACAGCCUGUUAUUUCUUUGUGUCUUUGUGUGUAAAACCGAGUGUGUC